GGGCAGCGCGAAGCUGCGGCGUUUGAGCCUGGGGGCGGACCGUAGCGCCGGCCGGAAGCGGCGGGGCGGGCGCCGCGAGUUGCGGUGGCGGUCGGUGGCCUAGGCCGUGCGCCGCCGUCUGUUCGCUUCUUUCCACUGCCCCUAGUGCGAACGGGCGUCGCCAUGUCGUCGGUGAGCCCCAUCCAGAUCCCCAGCCGCCUGCCGCUGCUGCUCACGCACGAGGGCGUCCUGCUGCCCGGCUCCACCAUGCGCACCAGCGUGGACUCGGCCCGCAACCUGCAGCUGGUGCGGAACCGCCUGCUCAAGGGCACGUCGCUGCAGAGCACCAUCCUGGGCGUCAUCCCCAACACGCCGGACCCGGCCAAUGACGCGCAGGACCUGCCGCCGCUGCACAGGAUUGGAACGGCUGCACUGGCAGUUCAGGUUGUGGGCAGUAACUGGCCCAAGCCCCACUAUACUUUGCUGAUUACAGGCCUGUGCCGUUUCCAGAUUGUACAGGUUUUAAAAGAGAAGCCAUAUCCCAUUGCUGAAGUGGAACAGUUGGACCGGCUGGAAGAAUUUCCCAACACCUGCAAAACUAGGGAGGAGCUAGGAGAACUAUCGGAACAGUUUUACAAAUACGCAGUACAAUUGGUUGAAAUGUUGGAUAUGUCUGUCCCUGCAGUUGCUAAAUUGAGACGUCUUUUAGAUAGUCUUCCAAGGGAAGCUUUACCGGACAUUUUGACAUCAAUUAUCCGAACCAGCAACAAAGAGAAGCUCCAGAUUUUAGAUGCUGUGAGCCUAGAGGAGAGGUUCAAGAUGACUAUACCAUUGCUUGUCAGACAAAUUGAAGGCUUGAAAUUGCUUCAAAAAACCAGAAAACCCAAGCAAGAUGAUGAUAAGCGGGUUAUAGCAAUACGCCCUAUUAGGAGGGUUACACACAUUCCAGGUGCUUUAGAAGAUGAUGAUGAGGAUGAAGAUAAUGAUGACAUUGUCAUGCUAGAGAAAAAGAUACGGACAUCCAGUAUGCCAGAGCAGGCCCAUAAAGUCUGUGUCAAAGAGAUAAAAAGACUCAAAAAAAUGCCUCAGUCAAUGCCAGAAUAUGCUCUGACAAGAAAUUAUUUGGAACUUAUGGUGGAGCUUCCUUGGAACAAAAGUACAACUGACCGCCUGGACAUUCGGGCAGCCCGGAUUCUUCUGGAUAAUGACCAUUAUGCCAUGGAAAAAUUGAAGAAAAGAGUGCUGGAAUACUUGGCUGUCAGACAGCUGAAAAAUAACCUGAAGGGCCCAAUUCUUUGCUUUGUUGGCCCUCCUGGAGUUGGCAAAACUAGUGUGGGAAGAUCAGUGGCCAAGACCCUAGGUCGGGAGUUCCACAGGAUUGCACUUGGAGGAGUAUGCGAUCAGUCUGACAUCCGAGGACACAGGCGCACCUAUGUCGGCAGUAUGCCUGGUCGAAUAAUCAAUGGCUUGAAGACUGUUGGGGUUAACAAUCCAGUGUUCCUAUUAGAUGAGGUUGACAAACUGGGAAAAAGUCUACAGGGUGAUCCUGCAGCAGCUCUCCUUGAGGUGUUAGAUCCUGAGCAAAACCAUAACUUCACAGAUCAUUAUCUAAAUGUGGCCUUUGACCUUUCCCAAGUUCUUUUUAUAGCUACUGCCAACACCACUGCAACUAUUCCAGCUGCCUUGUUGGACAGAAUGGAGAUCAUUCAGGUUCCAGGGUAUACACAAGAGGAGAAGAUAGAGAUUGCCCAUAGGCACUUGAUCCCAAAGCAACUAGAACAACAUGGGCUGACUCCUCAACAGAUUCAGAUCCCUCAGGUUACUACUCUGGACAUCAUCACCAGGUACACCAGAGAGGCAGGGGUUCGUUCUUUGGACAGAAAAUUCGGGGCCAUUUGCCGAGCUGUUGCUGUGAAGGUGGCAGAAGGACAACAUAAGGGAGCCAAGUUGGACCGUUCAGAUGCAUCUGAGGGAGAAGGUUGCAAAGAACACAUCUUAGAAGAUGCAAAGCCUGAAUCUAUCAGUGACGCUACUGACUUGGCCUUACCACCCGAAAUGCCAAUUUUGAUUGAUUUCCAUGCUCUGAAAGACAUCCUUGGGCCCCCGAUGUACGAAAUGGAGGUAUCUCAGCGUUUGAGUCAGCCAGGGGUGGCGAUAGGUCUGGCUUGGACUCCCUUGGGUGGAGAAAUCAUGUUUGUGGAGGCGAGUCGGAUGGAUGGCGAAGGCCAGCUCACUCUGACUGGCCAGCUGGGGGACGUCAUGAAGGAGUCUGCCCACCUCGCCAUCAGCUGGCUGCGCAGCAAUGCGAAGAAAUACCAGCUGACCAACGCUUUUGGAAGUUUUGAUCUUCUUGACAACACAGACAUCCAUCUGCACUUCCCAGCUGGAGCUGUCAUGAAAGAUGGACCAUCUGCUGGAGUUACCAUAGUAACCUGUCUUGCCUCACUUUUUAGUGGGCGUCUGGUACGUUCAGAUGUAGCCAUGACUGGAGAAAUUACACUGAGAGGUCUUGUUCUUCCAGUGGGUGGAAUUAAAGACAAAGUGCUGGCAGCACACAGAGCAGGACUGAAGCAAAUCAUUAUUCCUCGGAGAAAUGAAAAAGACCUUGAGGGAAUCCCAGGCAACGUACGCCAGGAUUUAAGCUUUGUCACAGCAAGCUGCCUGGAUGAAGUUCUUGAUGCAGCUUUUGAUGGUGGCUUUACCGUCAAGACCAGACCUGGUCUCUUAAAUAGCAAACUGUAGGCCCAGACCUCAACUUUUUAGAAUUUUAAGUUAUAAAAGUGCCAAAAGGUACUGACAAGGUUGAUUUUAUUCACACCAAUAGGAGUAUGCAAAAUGUCCCUAUUUUGUAAACAUAAUCAUAAUAAUAAUGAACUUCACUCAAGUAGUGGCUAGUGUUUAUUACAGAAAUAUAAGAUUAAUAAAUUGAUAAAAAUUGAAUUCUUGUUUUAGUGGAAACAUUGCUAUUCCUGGAAAGAUCCUGAGCAGUGGUUCUCAGUGUAGUCACUAAAACGAAGCAUCUGCAUUACCUGGAACUUGUUAUUAUAGAAAUGUAAAUUCGUAGGCCCUAUUGCAGACCGCCUGAAUCAAACUCUGGAGGGUUGAGAAGUGGAGAAUUCUGUGUUUUAAGAAGCCUUCCAGGUAAUUCUGAUGCACAGUCAAGUUCAAGAACUUGAAAGGACCACCAUAAGAGCCUAGAAAGCUGAGGAUAUGUCUUCUUAAGUGGCACAGAGGUCACGGCUUUAACCCUGUAAUAGAGAAGGAAAUAAUCCCGGCACACGGCUGAAGCUCUGCAGGAGCAGUGUUUGUAGUCAGAAUAACGUAACUCUGUCAGAAUCAACCUGAAGUCCCGGCAGUGGCAUCGACUAUUAGACCUUACGGGAUUCACCUGUAGACUUUAUUGGAUCCUGAAACCAAUCACUUAGAAGGAGAACUAGGCAAAGAUGAAUAUAUAGCCAACUACUUGUCCUUGCAGAAAAUAAAAGCAUUUAAGCUAAGUGAACCCUAUGAUAAGAGCUACACAUCCCAAUGUAGGUCCCUCCUUAUGUGGAGGGACACAGCCCUCAGCACAGGGUCAUCUGAUUCCGGCAGUGGUGUGUGCCAGCACAGCUCGGAGAGGCCCAGUUCCCAGAGGGACGCAGCCAUCUGUCCUGGGUCGGUACCUAAGCUUGGAAUCCUGACUCCUGCUACCUGCCUUCUAUUUCUUGUUUGCCUGUGCAAUUGCCAAAUCCAGUAGACUUCCCACGCCUGUUUUCUUCUGUGGCUCAGUCCAGGCUAUGAAGUCGGGCUCUUCUGCUUGCCAGCUGUGUGAACUUCCCGUAUCUUAGUUUUCCUCUUCUGUGAAAUGCAAAUAACAGUACCUAAUAGUUAUUGUGAAGAAUAAGUUAAAAUGCAACCUAAAAUAUAUUUUUUUCCUAUCAUCAGUCCUGGCCUAACCAGGAUUAUUUAUCUAAAAUAAUAAAUAAUAUUAAGCAAUUUCUAAUUAUUAUUCCAGCCAGACUUUAGAAUCUUAUGAUACAAAACAUAUGUAAGAACAGAUAUGUAAAGAUAUUUUCGAAUUUCCUCAGUAAAAAUGAGGUCUGCAAGUUACCCAAAAUACUGUGCCUCAGACCUGCUAAUAAAAUCUGAGUGUGUUCUGGGAAGAAAAGUCCAGACCUAGCACUAGUUACGGCACAAUUACAGAGAAGGAACAUCAUGAUAUUUGAAAACAUUCCAUUAACUAUCUUAUCAACUAUUAUCAUCUCUACUCAGUCAUUUACAGGGAAGUAAAAAACUAAACUAUAACUGUUAAGUCAUUUUCAGCGACCAGAGGGAGCUAAUCCUCACCCAAAUUGCUCUGCCCUGUUCCACUCUAAAACAGAGUAGCAACAAAGAACAUUUUUAAAGCUUGUGGUUAUCUGUAUUCUUCCUCUAGAGUCUGGAACAUGCACCCUUGUGCUCGUCCGUAAGCAUUUGGGCAUUUCUGUCCUUGCUUUAAGCAUGCCUUUGCUUUUUCCAGGAGCCUACUGAGAAAACCUGGCUACUUCCCUCACUGUGUGUGACAUUUCACAGUAUGACCUUUAUUAUUUCAGCAUUGUUUGGUUUUUGUUUUUUUUUUAGGGAAGGGAGAAGUUGGUUGACAUCUACACUCUUCCUUUUUCACCUGUUUUUAAGGGGCAAAAUAUACAUAAAAUGUACUAUU